CAGGCUCCGAGCAGCCACCUACGCACCCCAGGAACCCCGACCCCCUGGCACAGCCCUGCCUGGGACCCCCUCCCUCGGGGGGCCAGAGGACACGGGCGCUGGCACGGCAGCAGCCCCCGCCAUGGCCCCGCUGGGCGAGGACACCCCGCUGAUCGGGGAGCGCUCCUGCAGCCUCUCCUCCACGGAGACCGGCACCCUCCAGGUGUACCUGUACCACUGGGCACCCAGCCCCCGCAGCCCCCCCGGCACCGCCGCCGGCAUCCUCACCUUCACCUUCGGAGAGUACACGGCCGAGGAGCUCUGUGUCCGCGCUGCCAAAGCCUGCGGCGUGCUGCCCGUCUGCCACCCGCUCUUCGCCCUGGCCACCGAGGAUCUCAGCUGCUGGUUCCCCCCCAACCACCUCUUCACCGUGGAUGACUCCUGCAGCCAGGUGCUGGUGUACAGGAUCAGGUUCUUCUUCCCCAACUGGUGUGGGCUGGGACAGUCCCACCGCUUCCAGCUGCUGAACGACCGGGCCAGCCCCGUCCUGGACUACCCCGUUAUCGAUUACCUUUUUGCCCAGUCCCGCAGCGAUUUCAUCGGGGGGCGCGUGGCGGUGGCGCUGAGCCUGCCCAGGCAGGAGGAGUGUCUGAGCCUGGCCGUGCUGGACAUGCUGCGCAUCGCCAAGGAGAAGAGGCAGAGCCCGGACGAGGUCUUCAGCCACGUCAGCUACAAAUCCUGCAUCCCCGAGCCGCUGCGGUGCCAGAUCCAGCAGCACAGUUUCCUCACCCGCAAGCGCAUCCGUCGCCGCAUCAGCAAAUCCCUGCGGAAGAUCGGGGGCUGCCAGACGGACGGACGGUACCUCAAGCUCAAGUACCUGCUGGACCUGGAGCGGCUGCAGCGGCGCUGGGCAGAGGAGAGUUUCCACGUGCGUUCACCAAACUCCGGCACCGACAUCGUCAUCCACGUGGCUGGAGAGAGCGGGGUCUCCUGGAGCUGCCUGGGCUCCGAGAGUCGCCAGCACUUCUGCGACUUCCCCGACAUCGCCGACAUCAGCAUCAAGCAGGCCAGCAGGGAGGGCAGCCCCGUGGAGAACCGCGUCGUCACCCUCACCAAGACCGACAACAGGGUGCUGGAGGUGGAGUUCCCCACGCUGCAGGAAGCCCGCUCCUUCGUGGCUCUCAUCGAUGGCUACUACCGCCUGACGGCAGAUGCCCACCACUACUUCUGCAAGGAGGUGGCCCCCCCACGGCUCCUGGAGGAUGUGGAAAACCAGUGCCACGGGCCCAUCAGCUCCGAGUUUGCGGUGAACAAGCUGAAGGCGGCGGGGAGCCGGCCGGGGCUGUACCUGCUGCGGCGCAGCCCGCAGGACUUCGACAGCUACCUGCUGACCGUCUGCGCUGAGACCCGCUCCGGCCAGGAUUACAAGCGCUGCCUGAUCCGCCGGGAUGAGGACGGGAACUUCUGGCUCUCGGGGGUGUCCCGGCGGUUCUGCAGCCUCAGGGAGCUGCUGGGCACCUACGGGCACUGGGGGCUGCAGGCAGAGGGUGCCCGCAUGCGCCUGGCUGCCUGCUGCCCCCCCCUGCCCAAAGGUGAUGCCGGGGCACUGUGCCGGGGGAUGAGUCGCCAGCACUUCUGCGACUUCCCCGACAUCGCCGACAUCAGCAUCAAGCAGGCCAGCAGGGAGGGCAGCCCCGUGGAGAACCGCGUCGUCACCCUCACCAAGACCGACAACAGGGUGCUGGAGGUGGAGUUCCCCACGCUGCAGGAAGCCCGCUCCUUCGUGGCUCUCAUCGAUGGCUACUACCGCCUGACGGCAGAUGCCCACCACUACUUCUGCAAGGAGGUGGCCCCCCCACGGCUCCUGGAGGAUGUGGAAAACCAGUGCCACGGGCCCAUCAGCUCCGAGUUUGCGGUGAACAAGCUGAAGGCGGCGGGGAGCCGGCCGGGGCUGUACCUGCUGCGGCGCAGCCCGCAGGACUUCGACAGCUACCUGCUGACCGUCUGCGCUGAGACCCGCUCCGGCCAGGAUUACAAGCGCUGCCUGAUCCGCCGGGAUGAGGACGGGAACUUCUGGCUCUCGGGGGUGUCCCGGCGGUUCUGCAGCCUCAGGGAGCUGCUGGGCACCUACGGGCACUGGGGGCUGCAGGCAGAGGGUGCCCGCAUGCGCCUGGCUGCCUGCUGCCCCCCCCUGCCCAAAGGUGAUGCCGGGGCACUGUGCCGGGGGAUGGCGGGGGGCGAGAGCCUGGGCCAGGGCUCCUUCACCCAGAUCUACAAGGGCAUCAAGAAGGAGCAGGGGGAGGACGGGUACCACCAGACCGAGGUGGUGCUCAAGGUCAUGGACGGCAGCCACCGCAACUGCUCGGAGCGGGCUAUGGCGUUGGAGAUGCUGGUGGAGCGCAUCCCCUGGGUGGCCCCCGAGUGCCUCAGUGACCCCAGGAGCCUGGCGCUGCCGGCCGACAAGUGGAGCUUCGGGGCGACCCUCUGGGAGAUCUUCAGUGGUGGCAACAUGCCCCUGAGCCUGCUGGAGCCCCAGAAGUCCCACCACAUCCCAACCCUCCUCAAGAAGGUGCUGCUGACCCGGGAGGGGGACGCAGCCAGUGGCAGCCCCCCCUUCAUCAAGCUCAACGACCCCGGAGUCAGUGUCUCCGUCCUGGCCAAGGAGAUGCUGGUGGAGCGCAUCCCCUGGGUGGCCCCCGAGUGCCUCAGUGACCCCAGGAGCCUGGCGCUGCCGGCCGACAAGUGGAGCUUCGGGGCGACCCUCUGGGAGAUCUUCAGUGGUGGCAACAUGCCCCUGAGCCUGCUGGAGCCCCAGAAGAAGCUGGAUUUCUACCAGAGCAACCUCCAGCUCCCGGCACCCAAGUGGACGGAGCUGGCCACGCUCAUUGCCCAGUGCAUGGACUACCAGCCCGGGCGCCGGCCCUGCUUCCGCGCCCUCAUCCGGGACCUCAACAGCCUCAUCACCUCCGAUUACGAGCUGCUCUCGGACCUGUCGCCCGCCGAGGUGACGCUGCGGGACAGCUUCUGGGGGUACGAGCCCCUCGCCCUGUGCCGGGACCCCGCGCACUUCGAGGAGAGGCACCUCAAGUACAUCUCACUGCUGGGCAAGGGCAACUUUGGGAGCGUGGAGCUGUGUCGCUACGACCCGCUGGGGGACAGCACGGGCGAGCUGGUGGCGGUGAAGAAGCUGCAGCAGGAUUCGGCCAAGGAGCUGCGGGAUUUCCAGAGGGAGAUCCAGAUCCUGCACUCCCUCCAGCACGAGUUCAUCGUCCAGUACCGGGGAGUGUGUUACAGCCGGGGACGGCGCGGGCUACGGCUGGUGAUGGAGUACUUGCCCAACGGCUGCCUGAGGGACUACCUGCAGAAGAACCAACCCCGCCUGGACCAUAGGACCCUGCUCCUCUACGCCUGGCAGAUCUGCAAGGGCAUGGAGUACCUGGGGUCGCAGCGCUGCGUGCACCGGGACCUGGCCAGCAGGAACAUCCUGGUGGAGAGCGAGACCCACGUGAAGAUCGGGGAUUUUGGGUUGGCCAAGCUGCUGCCGCAGGACAAGGAGUAUUACGUGGUGCGGGAACCCGGCCAGAGCCCUGUCUUCUGGUACGCACCUGAGUCCCUGGCAGACAACAUCUUCUCCCGGGCAUCCGAUAUCUGGAGCUUUGGGGUCCUCCUCUACGAGCUCUUCACCUACAGCAACAAGAGCAGGAGCCCCUCGGAGGAGUUCCUCCGCAUGAUGGGCACCGAGAAGAUGGCGCAGAUCAUCUGCCACUUGCUGGAGCUCCUGAAGGACAACCGGCGUCUCCCGGCCCCCGCCGGCUGCCCCGUGGAGGUCUACACGCUGAUGCUGAGCUGCUGGACUUUUGCCCCCGCUGCCAGACCCACUUUUGGGGAGCUGGCCCCCAGGAUCGAGGCGCUGCGGGACGGACGGAGCAAAGCCCGUGGGUAG